AUGGCCUUCGUUUGUCUUCUUGUUGUACUAUUGGGUUGUUUAACAACAUCAACUGCAGCAUGGGGUGCCAUAGGACAUUCUCUUGUUGCACAAAUUGCACAAACCUAUUUAACAGACUCAUCAGCAAAAUUUGCUCGUGAUCUUUUACCAUGGUAUACAGCAGGAAACUUGAGUAUGCUCUCAUCAUGGCCCGAUACAAUUAUCUAUCCAGAUACAAAUCCUGUUGACUAUUUAAAUUGGCAAUGGUCACCACCACUGCAUUAUGUGGAUACACCAGACUGGCUGUGCAAAUAUGAUCAACAACGGGAUUGUCAACCGGACCAACGUUGUAUCGAUGGUUCAAUACAAAAUUAUACCAGCCGUCUCGCAGAUUCGAAACAAGAUUUUGUGCAACGGCAAGAAGCUCUGAAGUUUUUGGUGCAUUUUGUAGGUGAUGCUCAUCAACCUUUGCAUGCUGGUUUCACAAGUGAUCGUGGUGGUAAUAGUAUAAAAGGUAUCGUUGGAUGUCGUUUUUUUGGUAAAUCCACCAAUUUACAUUCUCUUUGGGAUACUGUUAUGAUAGAACGAAAAAUCUCAACAGAUUUCUUUCAUGAUCCGACCAAAUAUUUCAAGUAUCUGUUGGAUUUGAUGCAUACCAAAUAUGCUGCUAAUAUUUCAGAAUGGUCAAAGUGUCCAUCAGAGCAGUCGCAAUAUUUAGCUUGUUCGGCUUUAUGGGUUCAAGAAGAUAGCGAUUUAAAUUGUGCUCUGGUCUAUAGAGACGCAGAUCAAAAACCUUUGAAUAUGUCAUAUGAAUUCGAUUUAGGUGAAGAUUAUUACCAAACACGAAUGGUUAUUCUGGAACAACGGUUGAUACAAGGUGGUUUGAGAUUAGGUCUGAUGUUAAACCUUAUAGCUGAUUAUACGCGUAAUCCAAACCCAGAUGAGAAACAAGAAAAACAACGGGGGCAUUUUGCUCUACCGUUCUUUCGAAAAAACAAUGAGAAACCACAUCAACCUCAGGCAUCAAUAAUACCCGAAAAGCCAUGA